AGUAAGGGCCCGCGCACCCCCGGGACACGAGCUGGGGCUUGUCCCUCCAGGCCUUCCUCUGCCCCAAGAGGCCCUCCCAAAGGUGCCCACUUCCCAGCGCUCCUGUGGGACCUGGAGAAAAACUUGCUUACAGUUAAGCUCAGUCUUCUGCACUGUUAGGAAGGCCCUUCGCUCUUCCCAGAGCCAGAAAGGAGUAGAUUUGGGGUUGGGAUUUCCCAACUCAUACAUCCAUUCAUUCCUUCAACAGGUUGUGAGUGCCUGCUGUAUACCAUGCACUGUGCCAGGCACUGAGACUUUGGCUGCAGGAGGGAAGGGCCAAGCUGGAAGUUUGAAUGGGCAGUCAUAGUUAAGACUUGAGGGGAAGGGACCAAACUCACCUUGUGCAUAGUGUCAGGGAGGCGACCCAAGGAUGACAUCAUAUGAGGGCCUGGGAGCAGGGAAGAAAGCUAGCUGGGUGCAGUGCAGUUUGCGUAUCAGGGGUUAGGAGGCAUGGAGCGGGGCUGGUGGGAGGCUGUAUCUUCAGACAGGGAACAGCAUUCAAAGGCUUCAGGUGAGAGGGAGCAUGGCUCCCUAGGAAUGAAUGCAUUUCAUCACCUGGAAGAGUAGAAACUGCAGGCUAGUGAAAGAUGAAGCUCGACAGAGGUUCCGGUUCUGUGGUGACCUGGACUGUCCUGACUGGGUCCUGGCAGAGAUCAGCACGCUGGCCAAAAUCUCCUCCGUGAAGCUGAGGCUGCUGUGUAGCCAGGUGCUGAAGGACCUUCUGGGACAGGGGAUUGACUAUGAGAAGAUCCUGAAGCUCACCGCUGAUGCCAGGUUUGAGUCGGGUGAUGUGAAGGCCACAGUGGCAGUGCUGAGUUUCAUCCUCUCCAGUGCGGCCAAGCAUAGCGUGGAUGGCGAGUCCUUGUCCAGUGAACUGCAGCAGCUGGGGCUGCCCAAAGAGCAUGCAGCCAGCCUGUGUCGCUGUUAUGAGGAGAAGCAAAGCUCCCUGCAGGAGCACCUGCGGGCCUGCAGCUUGCGAGUGAACAGGCUGACAGGCGUGGGCUGGCGGGUGGACUACACCCUGAGUUCUAGCCUGCUGCGGUCCGUGGAAGAGCCCAUGGUGCACCUGCGGCUGGAGGUGGCAGCUGCCUCGGGUGCCCCGGCCCAGCCUGUUACCAUGUCCCUCUCAGCAGACAAGUUCCAGGUCCUCCUGGCAGAACUGAAGCAGGCCCAGACCCUGAUGAGCUCCCUGGGCUGAGAAGAAGAGCUCACGGGGCCCAUGUGGAGCUGCCCUCCGAACUUCUCUUCAGGGGCUGCCCCAGCUCCAGGACCCUAGGGGCCUGGCCUCCUGCAUGUCUGGCUUCCUAGGUUACCACCUGAGAAUUCAGCCUAGGGAUCCUGAACACUGUUGCAGCAUUGUCUUCCCUCCCCCAUGAAAGGCACAUGUCAGUGGUUUUCAUGAGAAGGAAGAAUAAACAGAGGUGUAAAGAA